CAGAAGAGCGAUCUGACCGACGCGCUUGCAUCGCACACGGCCAUUUUGGAAGCUUCGGUGCUUCGUUGCGGAGCUUUUGCCUCCGUCGUCCUCCCGCGAGGGCCGCGUGCGAUAAAACAAAAACGAGAGAGAGAAAGAAGGAAGACUGAUCGGAAAGAAAAGCGUGUGCUUUCGCGAGUACAUCAUUCAUUGGGCUCGAUGUGCGCGAUAAUCGGUCGCGGGAGGACGAGAUAGCGUCGGGUCUGUCGGUUCUAUCGAUCAAUAUCACAAACCAAGAAACGAAACCAGAACUACCAUGGAGGACGAUCAGCAGUUCUGUCUCAGGUGGAACAACCACCAAAGUACACUAAUACAAAACUUUGACACACUUCUCGAAAGCGGAACACUGGUCGACUGCACGUUGGCGGCGGAAGGGAAAACCCUCAAGGCCCACAAAGUAGUCCUUUCCGCGUGCAGUCCAUAUUUUGAGUGCCUCCUCAGCGAACACUAUGAUAAGCACCCAGUCUUCAUACUCAAGGAUGUUAAGUUUAAAGAACUAAAGGCAAUGAUGGAUUAUAUGUAUAGAGGGGAAGUAAAUAUUUCUCAAGACCAAUUGGCAGCACUCCUCAAAGCCGCUGAAUCUUUGCAAAUAAAGGGCCUUUCGGAAAGUAAAACAACCGGCAGUAGUAAGACGGAAUCCAGGCCACAAAAACCCGUCUCACAACCUACAGCCCCGUCGUUAGACAUUCCACACUCGUCUUCCGGUCUGACGAUAGAAAAGAACAAAGUUCCUAGGCAAAGUAUGACGUCAAGUUCCGUGGGAGAUAUACCUGAAGAUACGGCUAGUCCACAGGCAAAAGGGCUCUCCUCCAAGAGGGAAGGUUCUCAAAGUCCGACUCCACGAAAAAGAAAGAGAAUUCGAAGAAGAAGCUCGGGCGAAGAAAACACGAUAGAAAAUCAGGAUGCCUCCAGUUCUAGUGAUAUGCCUCAGCAAAUGAGCGUUCCGGCACUUGGAAUCGCACCAGUGGCAGACGAAAAAGUUCAUUCGAAUCCAACUGAUUCUCUCGGCAGGUCAACUCUGAUGACGCAACUGACGAAACCUGCCGAUGAGAUGUUACAGUUGCCACUUGAAAAACCCGAGCCAAACGAUAAUUUCAUCGAGCCAAAGUCUGAAUUUGUAGAGGAGACGGAGGAGGGUGUCGAGGAUUUGACGUUAGACGAUGAUAUGAACGAUCUUAAUGACAUGGAACAAGACAACAACAGAGCCGGACCGUCCCAUGACUCCACCCAACAUUCUGCAGGUCUUGGAACGUGGCAUGUUACUGGGAAUCGAAGUAAUGCAGAAGGCAUCUAUGAAGCGGUAGGAGGGGGUAGCGGACCACAAGACGAGGUGUAUCUAGCUCAGGAAGCAGCACAGCAAGCACAUCGCGACUCUCAAGAAAAAGAGGAAGAAGAAGGAGAAGAAACACCAGAAAUAGAAACACCAGGAAUAUCAGAGAUAGUAAUAUCAGAGAGCAGAGAAAAUUCGAUAGAAAAAGAAAUAUCUCUCAAGAAGACAAAGAAAUUAUCAGUAAAAAGAAAAAAAUCACCUCAGAUGGAAAGCACAUUAGUAGUCGAAAAGGUAUUACAAAAUGACGUGGAAAUACAACUGAUCAUCGAAAAAGUACAACGACCAGUGAAGAAAACAUCAGCGAGUAAGGAAGAAAUAUUGUCGGAGGAAGAACCAUUGAUUGUGAAAGAAAAGGAGAAAUUAUCGAAGAAGAAAACGAACACAUCUGAACAAGCAGUGCAAACGCGAGAGAAAACAACAGUUUCUAGUGAUGACGCGUCAAAUAAUGAACCUUCAACUAGUACCGGUCACAGAGGAACGUCUCGAAAUCUCACCGACCCCGACGUAGUCAUCUCCUUGAACGGCUCGUCCGACAACGAAAGUACAGCUUGGACAGCGAAGAAUGACAAUCCGACGUAUCUCUGCAGCUACUGCAACGAAUUGUUCUUCUCGUAUAGAAUUCUCAAAAGACACGUAUCGGAAACUUGCUUGUCCAAUCCGAAUUCUAGAACAAACAACUUGAGCGCCGGAAGAUACAAGUGUCAUGAUUGUGGUCGCAAUUACAAGCACGAGAAGAAUCUGAGAUAUCAUCAAAAGCACGAAUGCAAACAAACAGUCACGUGUCCAGAUUGCGGCAGAACUAUGCAGGGAACGUACAUAACGGAACGUCACAAGAGGAAUUACUGCGUUAGCAAGCAGUGGCGUAAGAAAGAAACAAAACUAGAGCCGCUGGAACUUUUCAGCGAAGAUUCCAGCAUGGAGUUAUAAAUGAAAAAAAACAACAAAUUCUCUUUUUUGUUUUUGCUACCUUAAUCGUGUUUUGCGAUAAUACUUCAAUCAAAACAAAAUACUAUUUUUGUCUAAUUACUGGCAUCAAUGAUAAGUGUCUAUACGAAAUAAAGAAAACGAAAAAUUAUAAUAAAAGUAAAAUUACUCGUAUGUAUCUUGUAGUGUUUAGUAUGUUUUUUUUCUCUCUUACACAAUUUUAUGUUAAUUGUGUGUAUCUGCUAAUGUUAGCAUAUAACGCUAUAAUGUUGAACGUAAUUUUUCAAAGAAAGAAACGCGUAAUUUUUGUCACGUUUGCGCAGUCAUUAUAAUUGAUAUAAUGACUAUUACACACAAGUGUCAUUUUAUUAUUAUAAGUUUAUUAUUAGAAGUUGCAUUAUUUUAAAGAAUUAUUAUUAUUAAUUAUGCAUAUUGUUUGCAACUUAAUUCGUGUUUCUGCUUUUAUACACUUAUAAUUAUACGGAGAAAGCAACUUGUGGAAAAACUUAAUUACAAUUUUGAUUGCAAUUCAGCUUUUUUGUUUUCUCGUGCUUUAUUUUGUGCACUUACACUCGAAUGUACCAGGAAAAAACUUAUAACUGAUAUUAUUAGUUGAUACUAAAUAUUUUGUGCAUUUAUAUUUUAGUUGAGUAAGUUUAUUGUGCACGCGAACUUUCUUUUUUCUCGUUAAGCGCAAAGAGAAAC